UUGAGGAACGAGAGAGGGAAGAAAGGUCUCCUAGCGCUAGAAUAAAAGCGCUCUUUUAUUUACCCGUGUGUGUUUUGCAGUGGGACUCCACUAUUCAGAGAGGGAUAAAACCGCUAUAAAUGAGGAAAAACAACGAAAAAGAGGGAUACAACCAACCAGAAGAGUGAAAAUGUUAACAUAAAAGUUGUCAAGAGAACCUAAACAUUGAUCUCCCUCAAACGGUUGGGUUGAAAGAUGAAUAUGGGUACUUUCUUCUGAUAAUUUUUGGAGUGUCGAGCCAGGAGGAACAUUCAGCAGUAGAAAAGUAGACUAUCUGACUGACAGCUUGGCCUAUAGUUUUGCUUUCUUGGAAGCAAUUAAACAUGCAUGUGUGAUACUGUUACGCAUUAGUGACGGUUUAACGACACCAAAUGGGACUCUUCAUCGGGACAGGUGUUGGUUUUGAGCUUGAAUCCGUUGUUUAGUUGUUUUUUACUAGUUGUUUAGACAUUUGAGGUGUAGUUGCGCACAAGUUAAGGUAAUAAUUUAUGGCACAUAUUCAGGCCUAACUGUUGUUACUGCCCUAAAAUAUUUAGAUACUUUAGGCUACUGUUUGUCAAAAAGAAAAUAAACCUAGAACAACCUCUGUUUAAUUCAUGAAAAAGCUGUCAACAUGGGCAAAACCUGAUAGUUAUUACAGAAACAGAUCGUUAAACCUGAUAGCUGUUACAGCAACAGACCAUAACUAAGUAGUCUGUUUUCCCCUCAAUAACAUGUGAAGUAGAGCUGUCAGAAGCAACACAACACGGUUACCGUACCACGCGCCCGAGCAAUGCCACUGGAACUGUGUUUUUACGGUUUUCACGGAUCCCUGGGGAAUACGGCGAGUUGAAAGAUCGCGUGUGUAUGCGCUCUGUUAUGCUGGAGCACGGAAUUUAAACGAACUCUAGGGAAAUUAAAGCCCAAGUCCCGAACAGAAACAGAAACGACACGAAGCUCUUCCAUCCUUUACACAAUGGAGCUGCACAAAUACCUGCUGCUCUUCAAGUUCAUAGUUCUCCUCAAAGGUUUGUGUGAGUGUUUCAACAUCGAUGUUAAGCGGCCUCGUAUCUACACUGGUCCAGAGGAGGCCCUGUUUGGUUUCUCUGUGCUACAGCAUGACAAUGAGGGGGAGAAAUCGAUGCUGGUUGGUGCUCCUUGGGAUGGCCCGUCCAAUACCAGGAGAGGAGACGUGUACAAAUGCAUCGUGGGAGAGGAGAGGAACUCCAACUGCACCAAAACCAACCUGGGUGAGAGCGCGUUACAGAAUGUAUCUAGGAACCUGAAGAACUCUCAUCUAGGAAUGACCCUCAGUCCAGACUCACCUGAUGGAUUCCUGGCGUGUGCGCCCCUGUGGUCUCAGGAGUGUGGUACGUCAGUCUUCAGUACGGGGAUCUGUGCUUCUGUCAGUGAUGACCUGGAACCCAGAGAGACCAUCGCCCCUACAGCACAGAGAUGUACUACAUACAUGGACAUAGUGAUGGUUCUGGAUGGCUCCAACAGUAUCUAUCCCUGGUAUGAAGUCCAGAACUUCCUCAGUAACAUCCUCAGCAAGUUCCAUAUCAGCCCAGAACAAAUGCAGGUGGGGGUGUUGCAGUACGGUGAGGUUGCGGUCCAUGAGUGGUCACUGAGAGACUACCAGACAACACAGGAGGUGGUUGAAGCAGCUAAGAACAUCAGCCGACAGGAGGGGCGGGAGACACGCACAGCAUACGCCAUCCACAUGGGCUGUACGGAGGCGUUCAGCCCUGAGCGGGGGGCGAGGGAGGGGGCCACCAAGGUCAUGAUUGUGGUGACGGACGGAGAGUCACAUGAUGGGGAGGAGCUACCGGACGCUCUGGAGGAGUGUGAGAAGAGAAACAUCACCAGAUACGCCAUCGCUGUAUUGGGUCACUACAUCCGCAGGCAGCAGGACCCAGAGACGUUCAUCAGUGAGAUCAAGUACAUCGCCAGCGACCCUGACGACAAAUACUUCUUCAACGUGACUGACGAGGCGGCACUCAACGACAUCGUAGAUGCACUAGGAGACCGCAUCUUCACUCUGGAGGGGACGCUGGGGUACAAUGAGAGCUCCUUUGAGCUUGAGAUGUCCCAGAUCGGCUUCUCCACACACGUUCUCGAUGAUGGGAUCCUGUUUGGGAUGGUGGGGGCGUAUGACUGGGACGGAGGGGUGCUGAAGGAAGGCACUGAGGGGCGCAUCAUGCCCACCAGAGAGGCCUUUGAGUCAGAGUUCCCCCAGGAGCUCAAGAACCAUGCUGCCUAUCUGGGCUACACAGUGUCGUCAGUCAUAGUGGGUGACUGGAGGAGGCUGUAUGUGGCUGGAGCUCCCAGGUUCAAACACAAAGGAAAGGUAAUUCUGUUUGAACUGAGCAACGAUGGAGAUGUCAACAUCGCACAGGCCCUCAAUGGAGAACAGAUUGGGUCAUACUAUGGCAGUGAGGUGUGUGGGUUGGACGUGGACCAGGAUGGCAUUACUGAUGUUCUGCUGGUGGCAGCACCCAUGUACCUGGGCCAUGGCAACAAGGAGGCGGGCAGAGUCUACAUCUACUCCCUCAGUGGGGAGGAGGUGUUUGUGUCUAACGGUACUCUGAAGGCAGAGGAUAGGUCCCAGGAUGCUAGGUUUGGCUACGCCCUGGCCUCCGUCCCAGACCUCAACCAUGACGGGUACACUGACUUGCUGGUGGGGGCACCCCUGGAGGACGGACACAUUGGGGCCAUAUACGUCUACCACGGCCAGGGCAUACACAUCAUCCAUAACUACAAACAGCGUAUCGCAGGGUCGUCCUUGUCCCCCUCUCUGCAGUAUUUUGGGCGCAGUGUGAGUGCCAGACUGGACCUGGAUGGAGAUGGUCUGUUAGACCUGGCUGUGGGGGCCCAGGGCAGCGCUGUACUACUCAGUUCUCGUAGUAUAGUACAGAUCAACAUGAGUCUGUCCUUCCAGCCCCACUCCAUCAACAUCAUCCAGAAGACGUGUCAGAGAGGAGGGAGGGAGUCUGCCUGUCUCAACGCUACAGCCUGCUUCCUGGCUCUGUCCCACUCCCCUGGAACUCACAGCAACAGCUUCGAGCUGUCGGUGGUGGCCAUGUUGGAUGACAGAAAGUUGACAGCGAGGGCGUUGUUUGACGACAGCAACCAGAGACAGACACAGCUGGGGGUCAGAGUUCACACAGGAGAGACUGUCUGCCACAACCUGCCCUUCCAUGUGUUUGACACAGCUGACUACAUCCGUCCAAUCAGCUUCUCCCUGCGCUUUAAGAUCAACGACACAGAGAGUGGCCCAGUGCUGGACGAAGGCUGGCCCACCACCUUCAAGAGAUCGAUUGCUUUCUUCAAAGACUGUGGCGAGGAUGAUGUGUGUGUCACUGAUCUGGUGCUGAAGGCUCAUAUGGACAUCUCUGGGACAAGACAGCAGCCCUAUGUGAUCCGUAGCCCUCGCAGACGUCUGGCUGUAGAAGUCCAGCUGCAGAACAGACUGGAGAAUGCCUAUAACACCAGCCUGACGCUGCACUACUCACGCAAUCUCCACUUCUCUAGUCUCAGCAUACGGGAGGAUGCCCAGUUGAAGAUUGAGUGUACAUCUCUCAGUUCCAACAGUCACUCAUGUAACGUCAGCUAUCCUGUGUUCCGCUCCCACUCCAAGGUGAACUUCAUGUUAGAUUUUGAGUUCAGCUGUACGUCUCUGCUCAGUAAAGUCCAGAUGAAACUCACAGCUGCCAGUGACAGUGUGGAGAGAGAGGCUACGCUGGGAGACAACAGUGUUCAGCUCCAGACUGUGGUUCAAUACGAACCUGACCUCUUCAUCACCAGUGACUCCAAUCUGAACCGUUAUGAAGUCCACCCAACCAGAACCAUCUCAGAGGCAAUAGGACCAGAGUUCUAUACACACUUCAGGCUGCAGAACCUGGGCUGUUACAGUGUGAGUAACCUGGAGCUGAGGCUGAGCCUGCCCUCUGUAGCAGCAGGAGACAGAGUCUUCAUGGCUGUUACUGAGGUCUUCUCGUACAACGUGACAGGGGUGAACUGCAGUGUAGACAGUGAUGUGUCAAAGCUGAAGGACAGACAGAGAGACGUACGACCACUACAUCCUGAAGAUAUGCAACAGACUGACCUACUGAACUGCAGCAGGUCGUGGUGUGUGGAGGUGGUGUGUGAGGUACAGCAGCUGCAUCGAGGACAGACCGCUCUCAUACGAGUCAGCCGCAGGGUCCACGACACCUUCUUCAGACAGGCUAAGUUUAAGGCGGUGAGGAUAGUGAGUGCCUAUCGUUUGGCUGUUCAGGAAUCUAACCUGGUCACUCUGGGUAGUGGCGCCAUCUGGAGGGAGACGGUGUUGGAGGUUCUAAAGGGGCGGGCCAUCCCCAUUUCUCUCUGGAUUCUGAUUGGCAGCAUCAUCGGAGGCCUUCUGCUAUUGGCCCUCAUCAUCUUCAUAAUGUGGAAGCUGGGGUUCUUCACUCGUAAACAGAUAAAGGACGAGGAACUCGAGGACUGAGCCCGCCCCUUUGCCACCAUGAUGUCGGUCAAUGGAUACAGUAUCUGCGACAACCAGAGAACGAGUCCACUUCGUGCCCAUCCCCAUGGCAACGACCUGCACAGAGACUGCUCCCCCCCCCUCCCCCACCCAGCAAUAAUAAUAUACCUUCCCUCUCUUCUAAAUCAAACCAUACAGAACACACAACCUGUACAGAUGAACUGUCGAAACACCUAACACCUCAACAUAUUUUCUAUUUCUUCAGGUCAACCCAUGGCUGUAGGGCUCUAUUUACACACCUGUUUAGAAACAUACAGCAGGAAGGACGUGUACAGGAGACGUUUUCUUCAGAGAUGUCCCAGACAGGAAAUCAUGGUGUACACCAUGUGUCAAACUCAUUACACGGAGGGCCGAGUGUUCGCUCCAACCUUUAAUGAAUUAAGGUCGCUAAUUAGUAAGGAACUCCCCUCAACUGGUUGUCUAGGUCUUAAUUGAAAGGAAAAAACAAAAACCUGCAGACACACAGCUCUUCGUGGAGUGAGUUUGACAAUCGUGGUACAAUGUGACUUGGUAUGAUGUUCAAUGACUGUUUGACGUCUGCAGAGUAGAUCUGCAUAAGUAGAUACUGUACAGGUAUUAACCUGUAAUUAGUACCAUGUGCUAUAUGGAAAGCAGUUCCAUCAUUCAAGAGGGUUGAAUGAAAAAGCACUACCUAAUAAUGGGGG